AAAAAUUACACUCAUUGGUGUACAGCUAUCUUUUCUUUGGCUUUAUUAAUAAGCAAUUAAUUGAGAUAGGUUCUGAAGAUAGGUAUCCAUCCAAUAUAAAUUGAAGUGAACUGCAUCAUAUAUGGUACCUCAGUUGAUGCUAAAAUGAUGGCAGCCAGACAGUCCAAUUCUGCAGCUCCAGCGUUGGAAACUACAGAUAGCAGUGAUGCCUUGUCAAGAACUGAAUAUCCACUCCAUGAAUGUGUCUAUAAGGGAAAAAUUAAGAAAAUACCCAAUCUUCUGAGGCAGCAUGACAUAGAUGGAAAAGAUAAACAUGGAAAUACUCCACUACACCUGGCUGUUAUGCUGGGCCACAAAGAAAUCGUGCACUUGCUGCUGGCGAGGAAUGCCACUGUGAAAAUCAGGAACGGACACGGCUGGAGCCCUCUGGCUGAGGCCAUCAGCUACGGAGACCGACAAACAGUGUCGUCUCUGCUGCGGAAGCUGAAGACCCAGUCACGGGAGCAGAUGGACCGCCGUCGGCCGGCGCUGGUGGCCGCCCUCCACCAGAUACCCGACUUCUACAUGGAAAUCAAAUGGGACUUCCAAACCUGGGUCCCGCUACUUCACCGCAUCCUGCCGUCGGACACGUGCAAAAUCUACAAGCGCGGCGCCUCGAUCCGACUGGACACCACGCUGGUGGACUUUGCCGACUUCAAGUGGGAGCGCGGCGACAUCAGCUUCCUGUUCAACGGCGACUCGCCGCCGUCGCAGUCGCUCUCGGUGCUGGACAACAAGCUGCGCGUCUACCAGACCGUCCGAUACGAGGAGACCGAGCUGGAGAUCGAGGAGGAGAUUGACAUCCUGAUGAGCAGCGACAUCGUGUCGGCGCAGAUGUCCACCAAGUCCAUCACGUUCAGCCGCGCUCAGCAGGGCUGGUUCUUCCGCUCCGACCGAAAGGAGCCGGUGGGUAAGUACGAGGCCGAGUUUUACGACGUACACGGCGUGGUGCUGGAGACGAGGAAGCGGCGCGAACACCUGUCAGCCGAGGACCUGCAGAAGAACAAGGCGCUCAUGGACACCAUUACUCGCGGCAGCGCGCACCAGCUGGACGCCGAGGAGGUCCGAGAGCUGCCCCACCGCAGCUCUCUGGACCCGCCCAGCACACCGCCCGUCUCCUGGGAGGAGUACCUGGCCGCCGACCCGGCCAACCCGCCGCGCGUCGGACGAGCCAUCAUCUCCAAAGUCAGCUGCAAACGCUUCAAAAACGCCACACUGGCCAUGAGCCAGGAGUUCCCUCUGACGGUCAGCAUGCUGCUCGAUGUGCUGGACGUCAUAGCGCCCUUCAAACACUUCAGCAAGCUGAAGCAGUUCGUUGAGUGCAAGCUGCCGCCCGGCUUCCCCGUCAAGCUCGACAUCCCGCUGAUUCCAGCCAUCACGGCACAAAUCACCUUCCAGGACUUCUACUUUGACGACAGCCACCCGAGCCACCUGUUCGCGGUGCCGGCUGACUACACGGAGGACCCGGCUCGGUUCCCCGACUUGUGACACCCAGAAGACGCGUGUAUGUGCGGCGCGGCGUGGGCGGCGCGGCCGGCCGACGAGCCGCCGCUGCAGCUGCAGCUGCACGUGCCCGUCCACUGGGGCCCCGGCAGCCUAUACUCGUCCGAGCUGUGCCUCCAGCUGGGCUGACGGACGGCCGACGGCGCGGCAGCAGAGCUAGAAGACAGGGCGCCCCGCUCAGUGACUGGCCACUGUACAGGCGAGUGCGCUGGGCGGGCGGGUCCGGCCCGGCGCGGCCGGCGGGUGACAUGUGAUUUAGGUCGUGACAGUGACUGCCGAGCGGUCCCUCCCCUGUGGCACGGCCGGGAGUCACGGGAGGGAUGCUCGCCCCGGGUGGUGUGGGCACCCCUUCCAUCCUGGUGGGGUGCGCGCGCUUCGGAACCGUCAAUGCCGAGAUUUAGGUACCAGACUGUGUAUUAGCGUGUUGGACACAUAGGUAGGCAUUCUAGAGGCAAUAUUCCGAGGUGACUUCGGGCAAUAGCUGGCCUUGUGGCGGCUGGGAGGCCCGGCGUCCCUCUGCGGCCGGUAGCGCCGCCGUUAUGGACUCGCCCGGCCGAUGCAGCCCUGUCAGCCCAGAGGUAACGUGCAUUGCUCAAUCACCCAUCAGACGUGCCCGCCGUGGCGCGUGCUGCGCCGCCGGGUGAGACCGGCCACUGGUGAUUCGCACCUCGAACUAAAUCGCCCGCGUAUAUUUUCGGCCAUUGUGAUGACCAAAUGGGCUGAUUUGUUAGGAGAAUUGUGUGAGUACGUGUGUGAGUGUAUGUAGACGCGAUCCAUCGACACCGGCCGUCGGUGGUAGCUCCACGGCGGGGGUGGGAGGCCCGCGCCGGCGGCGGGCCGGUGGUAUAGUGUCCGGCCGCCCCACGGUCCGGCCGACCUCGUACCGAGUCGUGGCCGCUCUCUGUGAUUAGUCCGAGUUCGUCGGGCCGCCGGCGGGCCCAGAAAUGACGGCCCACAGCGCGUGAUCAAGGCGCGGCCGAAAUGCUAGCCAAUUUAGUGUUGUUCUCGCUAGAUAGGGAGUGUAUUUAUUUUGUUUCUAGUGUGCAGCAUUUACCAUAGAGGAAUACCUUUACGCAAUAGGUAUUUGUUAGGAGAAAACUGCAAGAUUAUCAAGGUUUGUGAUGAUUCGCCGAUGCCAUACGUUAUGUUGUCCUCCAUCAAGAAGUGUCGUCGAAUAAAGACAAAGUGGUCCCCUC